AUGGAAAACGAGGUGAACCUCAUUCUACAUUUGUCAAUCUCGUCAAGUACGAUUGAGAACGCCAGCCACUUCUCAGGUUUAGAUACCAUCUUCACCAUCUUCCGUCUCCUCAGCGUGUGUAAAAUGUGGGUGCCUACUUUGAGCUCAAGCUCAUGCUCAAGUGAAGAGAGGGAAGAGAGCAGUGAAGAGCCAAGGCUCACGCCGGUUUAUCUCAAUGUGUAUGAUCUUACACCUGUCAACAAUUACCUCUAUUGGUUUGGGAUCGGCAUUUUCCAUUCUGGAAUUGAGGCUCAUGGUUUUGAAUAUUGCUAUGGAGCUCACGAGUAUCCAACGAGUGGGGUGUAUGAGGUAGAGCCUAAGAGCUGUCCAGGGUUCAUCUUUAGAAGGUCGGUUUUGCUGGGAACAAGCAGCAUGUCCCGUUCAGAUUUCCGAUCAUACAUGGAGAAGCUCUCAAGAAAAUACCAUGGUGACACUUACCAUUUGAUUGCCAAGAACUGUAACCAUUUCACUGAAGAAGUAUGCUUGCAGCUUACCGGAAAGCCAAUUCCAGGAUGGAUCAAUCGUCUGGCCCGAGUAGGUUCCUUCUGUAAUUGUCUUCUACCAGAAAGCAUUCAGCUUACAGCUGUUAGUGCUCCUUCUGAACGCCUUGAAUUCUCUGAUGAGGAGGAAUCAAACUCGGAGGCAUCUUCUGUGUCAGAUGAAGAAGGAUCAGAGCAGCAUCUCAUAAAUGCAGCUGACAGAGAGGUUGUGUAUCUACAAAACAAACCCGUGCGACUUACCAGAGAGGAGACCCCAUGA